AGUUAGAUGACGGAUCAUGUCUAGAGGCGGUCUACUAUAUACUGGUCGCCCUUGUACCAGGGCGCUCGAGGCGACGUUACCCCUUCUUCAACGAUGGCGACGCUCACAUACUCCCAGGCUAAUAUCCUUCAGUUAUGGGCGCGUAUUUUACGUUCGCUGCUGAGCACAGAGCUCUGACUCUCCUAAUCAGUUCAUGACCCUGCUUUAUGGCGCAUACGUUAUAUUAUUUGGCCUAUGCAUGCGCGCAGUCUUCUCUAGGGGACAGAACGUCACUCGGAUCAACAAACGAUUCAUAUCCAUCACCGUGGUUCUCUUCAUCCUCUCGACAGCCCAAACAAUAUGUCUACUCAUGCUUACGUUGCUUACUCUGAGCUACGAUCAAUACUUCAUCCCUCGGGCUAACCGCGCAUUAUUACCUGAGCCAAUAAUCAAGAAGCUCCAAAGCGAUCAGAAUAUCUUGAACCUGUAUCAAUCACUUAGUGACUCUAUGAUCGCGACGACCAACUUAAUCGCGGACGGACUUCUAAUUUGGAGAUGCUUCAUCAUCUGGAAUCGCCGUGUCUCGGUCAUCGUCCUCCCGAGCAUCAUCCUCAUGGUAGGCACCGCCUGCGGAUACGCGGUUUCCGGAGUCGACGUCUUCUGGUACCUCCGGAAACGGAACCACCCAACCUUAAUGAAUGCAGAACCAAUAUGGUCUCGGUUGCAACACUACGAGAUAAUCUUUACGAAAGGCUUUCUGAUUAGCUCUGCCGUGACAAAUAUGUCGAUGAGCAUCCUGAUAGCGUCGCGAAUAUGGUGGAUCAUCAGAAAACAGUUGGCCUACCGAAGAACCGCCAGACGAUACAUGCGAUUGGUAUACCUCAUCACGGAAUCGGGCGCAGUAUACUCUGUGUCCCUCCUACUCUCUGGUAUCUUGUACUCGGCUGGGUACGAUGUAGCUGGGUCGGUGGUCAUGGGUUUCCAAUAUCAGCUUGUCGGAAUCUUUCCGACAAUGAUUAUCGUCCUUGUGGCCCUCGGAAAGUCUGUUGAGCAAACAGAGGAUUGCGGCCCGCCUGAACCCAUCCGCUUUGCCACUAAUCCGGAUCGUAGGGUCCCAACUCGAAGGGUCGAGAGUGACCGCUACGAGGAUGACGAGAAGAGUUUGGAUAGCCGGAGUGUGGCCGUAGUAGAAAUUCGAGUGGGAUCAGAGUACGACCGUCAAAGAGUAGACGGAGACUCGAGCACUAGUUUGACGGUUUAG